CGAGGGGCGCCGACCGCCGCCCAACUCCCCGCAACGCCAGGCGAGGAGGAGGCGGCGCGGCGGUUCCCUCGCCCGCCGCGGCCCGGCCCCUUCUCCCCCGGGCGCCGCCCCUCUCCGCGCCGCCCGUGAGUCAGGGCUUUGCCGGGCACGGGCGGCAGCCGCGGCCGGAGCGGACGGGCAGCCUCCGCCGCGGGGCUCCAUGGAGAAAGCGGCGGGCGAAGGCGGCGGCAGCAACAGCAGCAGCCGUAGCAGCAGCCGCCCCACGUCGGCGGGCUCGUCCCCCUCGUCCUCCUCCGCCAGCCGCGGGCUCCCGGGCCGGGCGGCGGCCGCGGGCAGGCUGGAUGGAGGCGGGGGCGGCGGCAGCAGCCCCGGCUCGGCGGCGGCCAGCCCGGGGGGCGGCAGGCGGCGGGAGCUGGUGCUGGAAGGGACGCUCAGCAAAUACACCAACCUCCUGCAGGGCUGGCAGAGCAGGUACUUUGUGCUGGACUUUGAGACGGGGAUUCUGCAGUAUUUCAUGAAUGAACAAACUAAAAACCAGAGCCCAAAGCCACGAGGAGCCUUGUCUUUAGCUGGAGCUAUAAUAUCGCCCAGUGAUGAAGUGCCACACAUGCUGGUGGUCUACUCUGCUAAUGGAGAGAUGUACAAGUUAAGAGCUGCUGAUGCAAAGGAGAAACAGUACUGGAUAACACAGCUUCGAUCCUGUGCCAGACAUCACAAGGAAAGUGAUUCUAAGAGCAUCUCAUCCUCACGAAGUAGAAGCUCAUCUCUGCUGCCACCUGGGACAGUUAAUUCUGCAUCUCCCAGCGGCCAGAAACACACGAAUCAGAGUGGGCCAACUGUUGUAACCAUCACACAUCACAAAUCACCUGCAGCUGCUCGAAGAGCCAAGAGCCAGCGAUCUGGUCAACUCCACGAAGUCCGAGAGAUCAUGAGCCAAGCUGAAGGACAACAAAAGAAUCUUGUACAAGCCAUUGAAGCUCUCCCAAAUUCUGGACCCCUUACUGCCUUGGAUCAGGACUUGCUACUUUUAAAAGCUACCUCUGCUGCCACCCUGAGCUGCCUUGGAGAAUGCCUGAGUCUACUACAGCAAAGUAUUCAUCAAGUGGGCCAACAGCAUAACAGGACACUGUCAUCAGAAGGUAUCCUAGGAUGGCCUGGGCCCAAGUCACACUCCACAGAGGAACUGAAAAACGGUGCUCUCAGCUCCUUAUCAUCUGCUAGUGCCAACAUUACAUGGGCAAUAGUACCAUCUGCAGCCCAGGAGGCACAGGCACUACAGCCAAACACUGAGCAUUCAGCUUCUGAGUUGAUCCUAGUUGAAGAUGAAAUGACAGAUACUGAAGAUAAUGAAGAGGAGGAUUUAGGAGUCAUGGAUGAUCAACGUAGUGUAAUUCUCCACCUCAUCUCUCAGCUCAAACUUGGAAUGGACCUUACCAGGGUAGUGCUUCCAACAUUUAUUUUGGAGAAAAGAUCCCUGCUGGAGAUGUAUGCAAAUUUCAUGGCCCAUCCAGACCUGUUUUUGUCAAUUGCAGCUGGAGCCACUCCCGAGGAAAGAAUUAUCUGCUUUGUGGAGUAUUAUCUAACAGCUUUUCACGAAGGCCGAAAGGGAGCAGUUGCCAAGAAGCCCUAUAACCCAAUCAUUGGUGAAACCUUUCAUUGCUCGUGGGAUGUGCCUAAAGAUAAAGUGAAAGCUUUCAGAACUAACGGUGCCUCCACGGCCUCUAAGGACUCAGCCAGGGAGCUUGGCCAGGAGCAGCACACGUGCUACAAGCUGAGGUUUGUAGCUGAGCAAGUGUCUCAUCAUCCACCAGUAUCCUGCUUUUACUGUGAGUGCAAAGAGAAGAAAAUGUGUGUGAACGCUCACGUGUGGACCAAAAGCAAGUUCAUGGGCAUGUCAAUAGGUGUUUCUAUGGUAGGUGAAGGUGUACUUCACUUGCUGGAACAUGAAGAAGAGUAUGUCUUCACCCUGCCCAGUGCCUACGCUCGCUCGAUCCUUACCAUCCCGUGGGUGGAGCUUGGAGGGAAGGUCAACAUCAAUUGUGCCAGAACAGGCUAUUCUGCCACAGUCACGUUCCACACCAAGCCCUUCUAUGGAGGGAAGGUCCACAGGGUUACAGCCGAAGUGAAGCACAAUCCAACAAACACCAUUGUUUGCAAGGCACAGGGAGAAUGGAAUGGCACCCUGGAAUUCACUUACAGCAACGGAGACACCAAAGUGAUUGACACCACCAAACUGCCUGUGAUCAGGAAAAAGAUCAGGCCUAUAGCAAACCAAGGGCCGCUGGAGUCGAGGCGCCUGUGGCAGCACGUCACCAGCUCUCUGAAGGAGGGGAACAUCGAUGCCGCCACGGAGCACAAGCACCGCCUGGAAGAGAGGCAGCGAGCGGAGGAGAGGCAGCGAGCAGCGCUCACAACUCCCUGGAAACCCAAAUACUUUGCCAAAGAGGGUGACGGUUGGCUGUACGUGAAUCCUCUCUGGAAGACCCAUUGACAGGAGAGAGCAGUUGCCUCGUAACUUUACCUGAAAGGCAUUAAAAUGAUACAGUAUGUAACUUCAGGAUGUCCUUGGAUAGGUCCUGUUCCCAGAAGACCCCCACAGGAAGUUAUGUACUGUGAAUGACGCAUCUCAAAAUAACCACGAGCUCGAGUUUAUUCAGGAGCCAUUUUGUGUGUGCAGAUCCACAGACACACAGGCACACGUCCCUAAGUACCCACGGUGUGCAUGUGUUGUGUGUGUUAUUUACACUACAUGUAAAAGUUCCAACACCAAUAGCGACUCAAAGACCUUUUCCUCCAAGUGUUAGGGCACAGAACCCUGGCUGGACUCGGCCGGGGUUCCCCAAGUUGUGUGCUUGCAGGAUCAGGCCCUAUGCUAGUAUUUAAGAAAAUACUUUUUUAUUAGUACUGGUUAAGGUUUUUCUAUUUUUCACUUUUGCCAAAAAUGUUUUGCACUUAAAACGUGACAUGUCUCUUAAUGGCAGUCAUUCUGUCUGAACAGUCACCGAGAAACUCACUUUGACAUAAGAAUGAUCCACUGGCUGUGCUCGCUCUGGUUGCUGAGUUCAGGGCGUUUCCUGUCACUGACGAGUGUGAAUUUCCUGCCACCCUGUAAGAAGUAGCAAUACCUUCUCCAGAACGUUGUUCUUCACACAGGCCCGUUGUGUCCUCGCUGCUUUGUCUGUUCAUGCUUCAGCUGUUCAGUCAGUCUCUGGUCACCAUCCCUGAGCCAGCUGCUCUGGGAACUUUGAUCAUGCUGUGUAACGUUCUCUGGCUGCUGUCAUGCCAACACUUCUGGCUUACAUGUUCCACUAAAUGGGAUUGUUCUGAUAAAACAUUUGCAUGAGUAGAGAUGAUAUAACUGGCCUUCCCAGGUAAAUGAUUCCCUGAUGUAAAAGUAAUCAUUUAGUAAAUUAUUCCACUGAGACAAUAACUUUAUGAAUGAAGCAAAUGAAAUGGGAUACCAUUUGUUUUGUAGUGCUAAAAAACCCACAUAAUUUAAAACUCCUGUCAUUUGAUCUUGCUUUGUAAGGUACCCACCGUGACACUGACAAAGUGGAUUCUAGAAUUGUGUUAAGGCUUUGUCACUUUUUAGUUUGUAUUUGUUGGAAGUGAAGAUGUUUUUGAGAGGUGGCAGCAAAGGGCACAUGUAAAAUGUGCUCAGUGCUUCUUUCCACAAUGCCCUGUAAUGGAACCACCAUAUUUCUAAAACACAGUAGCAUGGAUGCCUGUCUGUAGAGCUGAGUAAUUUUGUGCCUUUUGUCUGCUUUGUUCAUACACUGACUUAUGCUUGAUAGUUACUACACAAAGACAUCUAGGUAAAAUCACUGCUCACAUCUGUCCUUGUGCAUCCUGCAUUUUGCUUUUUUGGUAGAUAUUAAAAUGUCUUGAGCAGCUCAGAAGGCUGAGCAGAGGAGGUGUGUGUACACAAGGAAACAUUCCAUUAGUUGUUCCUUUGGAAUUGAACUUCAGAUUUCUAUUUAAUGAAGGUGUGGCUACUUUUUCCUCCUAAAUGCUAUUUAGUCUUCUUGUCUGUCUUGGUUUUUUUUUUGGUUUUUUUUUUUUUUUUUUUUUUUUUUUACAUUAAAAAGAUUCAUAUUCUAAAUUAUUUAAAUCCUAUUUUUUAAAAAAAGUGGAUUGUAUGAGCUUGGUUUUCUAACUGACACUUUUUUUUAAGAGGAAAAAAAAAAUCUUAUUUUUUAGAAAUAGUUGAUGUAAUAGUUUUCUGUAACAAAACCAAAAUGAUGCUGUUGUAGUAAUUACUGAACUGCUACUGAGUAUCAUCAGGAACACUUGUACUUUAUCACCUGCAAGAAUUUGCUUUGUAAUGGAUCCUCUCUUGUUCUAGAGAUUAGUCUGAUAAGUACCUAAAAGUAUUCCUACAGUUUGUAGUAUCAUCACAAAGAACAAUGGAAAAAGCAGAGUAAAACCCAUGGAACAUCCUCCCAGAGCUCUCCCACACACCAAAGAACAAGACACAUCCUCACUAAAUAGCCAUGGCAAACCUCUGUGUGUCAGGCAUGCAGGCCUGGGCCCCUGAAGGAGUAGACCUCUUUCAGCUGGGAUGGUGUGACUGUCAGGGCUACAGAGAUGCUGUAGCUGUCCUUUUAAGGAGAAAUUUGAAUAAUUUUCUGCUUGUAAUUUAUUGAAGAUUUUCUCUGUCUGCAUGGUUGGUUGUUUCUGCAUGCCGAGGACAUUCCACUUGUGCUCUGACCAAUGUUUUGUUCUGUUCUGAUGCUAUGAAGAAUCCCCUGAUGCCAUUUCCAGUUUCUUUCCCAGAUUAACUUGGGAGACACAAACGUAAAAAGUCCUUUCAGAAAACAUCCCAUCAGCAAGAGAUUCCAGAACAAGAUUCACAAGUGUCAUUUUAUUUUUCUGAUAGUAUGUUUUCAGUAUAUUUUGCAGGUCUGAAAAUUAAAUAUUCAUAAGCCUUAUUUUCUGUAGGUAGUUCCAAUAGAUGUCUUGGAAUUGCAAGUAAAUACUUUCCUUUUCAAGUAGCCAAUGUACACUGAAUUGUAAUGUAAAAACUUCCAUGUACUCCAUUUUUUUUUUGUGCACACCUGUAGAAAGCCUAUGCAACCUUUUUCUUUCCUAAAUUAGAAAUGUUCAGAAAGAAAAUUUAUACCUUUAUCAUUUAAAAGAUGCUCUGGCAGUCUCUUCUGAUUUGCCUUCCUUUCAUAAUUUGUGAAUUUAAAAUGAGAAUGCUCAUGAAUAAAAGAUUUGUUUCAUUUA